GGGGAACCGGCACCAGACGGGGAACCAGAGGGGGAACCAGAGGGGAAACCGGAACCAGAGGGGGAACCAGAGGGGGAACCGGCACCAGAGGGGGAACCAGAGGGGGAACCGGCACCAGACGGGGAACCAGAGGGGGAACCAGAGGGGAAACCGGAACCAGAGGGGGAACCAGCACCAGAGGAACCAGAGGGGGAACCGGAACCAGAGGGGGAACCAGAGGGGGAACCGGCACCAGAGGGGGAACCAGAGGGGGAACCGGCACCAGACAAGGAACCAGAGGGGGAACCAGAGGGGGAACCGGCACCAGACGGGGAACCAGAGGGGGAACCGGCACCAGAGGGGGAACCAGAGGGGGAACCAGAGGGGAAACCGGAACCAGAGGGGGAACCGGCACCAGAGGAACCAGAGGGGGAACCGGCACCAGAGGAACCAAAGGGGGAACCGGCACCAGAGGGGGAACCAGAGGGGGAACCGGCACCAGACAAGGAACCAGAGGGGGAACCAGAGGGGGAACCGGCACCAUAAGAAGAGGAACCAGAGGGGGAACCGGCACCAGAAGAAGAAGAACCAGAAGGGGAACCAGAGGGGGAACCGGCACCAGAGGGGGAACCAGAGGGGGAACCAGAACGAGAGGGGGAACCAGAGGGGGAACCGGCACCAGACGGGGAACCAGAGGGGGAACCAGAGGGGAAACCGGAACCAGAGGGGGAACCGGCACCAGAGAAACCAGAAGGGGAACCGGCACCAGAAGAAGAGGAACCAGAGGGGGAACCGGCACCGGACGGGGAACCAGAGGGGGAACCGGCACCAGACAAGGAACCAGAAGGGGAACCAGAGGGGGAACCAGAGGGGAAACCGGAACCAGAGGGGGAACCAGAGGGGGAACCAGCACCAGAGGGGGAACCGGCACCAGAGGAACCAGAGGGGGAACCGGCACCAGAAGAAGAGGAACCAGAGGGGGAACCGGCACCAGAAGAAGAGGAACCAGAAGGGGAACAAGAGGGGGAACCGGCACCAGAGGGGGAACCAGAACCAGAGGGGGAACCGGCACCAGAGGAACCAGAGGGGGAACCAGAACGAGAGGGG